UUCCAACAUAGACGAUAGUCCGGCGAAGGUAAAACACGGAAGUCCAAAACAAUCAAGCCCAUAAGACCUAUUAUUACCUUUUAGGGGUUUGCAACCCAUUUUAGCAAUAGUCUUUUUUUUUUUUUUUUUUUUGGCAGCGGGGACCAUCUUGAGCUACUAUCUCAAGCAAGGGAUAGAGCUUGGUAAAGUGGCAGCCGGAUAUGCUUUCCUUAUUGUGGUUGAAAACAAAACAAGUACACACAAGGAAUACACCUAAAAGAGAACCCGGAGCUGAGGAUUACUAGAGCAUUACCAAUCUGUGAAGCCUCAUUUCCAAUCCAAAUGGCAGCUCCGUUGAAGGUGUACGGACCUACAUUAUCGACUGCAGUUUCAAGAGUGUUGGCUUGUCUCCUUGAGAAAGAUGUGGAGUUUCAACUCAUUCCCAUCAACAUGUCCAAGGGAGAACACAAGAAGCCUGAUUUUCUCAGGAUGCAGCCUUUUGGCCAAGUGCCAGCUUUUCAAGAUGAGAGCGUCUCCCUCUUCGAGUCGAGAGCAAUAUGUCGCUACGUAUGUGACAAGUAUGCAGACAAAGGAAACAAAGGAUUAUAUGGGACAAACCCACUGGCAAAAGCAUCGAUAGAUCAGUGGCUAGAGGCUGAAGGGCAGAGCUUUAACCCACCAAGCGGAGCUUUGGUAUUUCAGCUUGCACUUGCACCUAGAAUGAAUAUCCCGCAAGACGAAGGGCUAAUCAAGCAGAACGAAGAGAAGCUGGGAAAGGUGCUCGACGUCUACGAGAAGAGGCUUGGAGAGAGUCGUUUCUUGGCAGGGGAUGAAUUCUCUCUGGCUGAUCUCUCGCACUUGCCUAACGCCCACUACUUGGUGGCUGCAACUGAUAGAGGAGAGCUCCUUACUUCCAGGAAGAAUGUGGGGAGGUGGUGGGGUGAGAUCUCUAGCAGGGAAUCGUGGAAGAAGGUUGUGCAGAUGCAGAGAAGUGGUUGAAAUUGGUCUUGCACUUUGCUGUCUCCUUAUUUUUAUGAUGGAUCUUUCUCUUCUUCAUUUUGAUAUUAGUCUCUCUUUACGGGUCUCAGAAUUUCAGAUGAAUUUGACUUUAUGUUAUAAAUUUGUUCAGUAAAGCAGAUAGUCUCUGGCCUCA